AUGUUCUUGAGACCAACUCCACAUCCUCAAAGAUUCCAAGGGCCUUCAUUGUGUCAACAUGUGGGUACUUGGUCUCCACAAAGUCCAUGGAGAAGAGAGCAUUGUAGUGCUCUUGGUACAUGGGGAGUUCUUCUCCUCCUCUUGCUGCUCUUGUGGCUCAACCUCCUCCAUGGCUCAUCUUGGUUCCCCUCUUGUCAUCUUCAUCAACCAAUUGGUUCACCUCUUCUCCUUCCUCUUCACUCUCAGUCUCAUCACUCCUUCUUCAUUUGGAGAACCAUUUCCCUCCUCUUGAACAAGGUUCACUCCAAUCUCAAACUCUCCUCAUUCAAUCUCUCACUCUCAGACUUUCCUCAGAGUAGACAUAUCCCUCUGCAUCAGACUCUUCCAUCCUCUGAUCCAUCCUCUUCAAAUCGGCUUGCAUCUUAA